AUGGCCUGGGACUCCUUGUGCAGCCAGGACUUGCGGCGGCCUAGGAUAAGAAGUGCCUCAAGCUGGAUGCCCGGCAGUGGGAGCAGCACUGGGACACCAUCCCUGGAGGAGCUGCGGCGCCUGCUCUGCACACGCGCACACCCCACAGGGCAUGUGGAUGAAGUCUGGCCAAACCUUUAUGUGGGAGACCUGUACGUCGCUCGUGACAAGGCGCAGCUGAGCCGCAUGGGCAUCUCCCAUGUUGUGAAUGCCGCUGCCGGGAGAUUCCGCAUCAACACUGGGCCCGAGUUCUACAACGACUUGCCUGUGGAUUACUAUGGAGUAGAAGCAGAGGACAACCCAAAUUUUGAUCUCAGCGUUCACUUCUAUCCAGUUGCUCAGUACAUCAGAGCAGCACUGAAUUCCCCAAGAGGCAAAGUACUGGUUCACUGUGCAAUGGGAAUCAGUCGGUCUGCAACUCUUGUCCUGGCUUUCUUAAUGAUCUGUGAGGGGCUGUCCCUCACCGCUGCCAUACAGACUGUGCGCUUCCACAGAGGGAUCUGCCCCAACUCCGGCUUCCUCCAGCAGCUUCGGGAGUUGGACCUCCAGUUAGGAAGGGGCACGGGCAGAGGAGCAGAGGCCUGCUAG